CCAGUCUUUCAUGGGGAUAAACAAUGUUAUGUCUCAUUAUGCAACCCUAAUUCACUAGAAUUUGAGCAUGAAAUCUAUGUUCUACAUUGCUGACAGUUUUCUUUUUUCUUAUUAGGACUCUAUUGUUAAUGUUAAACCAUCCAUGAGUAUUAAAGAGAGAACAAUCCUGAUAAAAAGAUAAUGGCAGUGUUGCAGGAAAGAAAGUCAAGUAUAUUUGCAAACUGAUGCUACAUUAUUCAGGAUUUAUUAUUUCCAGCAAGUAUAGAAUUAACCAUAUGUGACUGCUUUUUCUGGAAAGACUGCACUAAAAAAUAGACUUAUUGGCAUGCAGAAAUAUGAGAUGAUAAAGGCUUGUAUUUUAUUCUUCAGAUGAGUCAUGAAAGCUUCUUCUGGGUGAAUAGUUUUGCCAGCUUCAUCAGCCAGUAUAUGAUACUGGGCACAGAGGCAGACAAAAUUGCAAUGUGCUGGUAAAAUGUAUCUAUUCAAUUUAGUUUUGCAAUUGAUAUAAUAGGGGAGUUGGGAGGGGAAUGUGAAAGAACGAGGUAAAACUAAGCAUGUGUUUGGUUCUUCCCAGGGCCCAUCCUACCAUUAGGUAAAGUGAUGCAACUGAUACUGGUGGCAGAUACUAGGGAAGACACUUGCAGCUCACCAGGAAUUUCCUUUGAUCAUCAAGAAUGCUACUGGAAUACACUUGGGGACACGAUGACUUUUUCCUUUCUCGACCAUAUCUUCCCGUUCCUUUGAUGGUUUUGCAGUCAGAUUAAUUCCAAAGAAACUCUUUCCAAAAUCAUGACUGAAGAAAAGAAUCUUGUUGUCUCCCAGAAAGUCUUAUCACCUUCAAGAAGUACCAGCAGCUGCUCUUCUAAGCAGGGAAGUAGACAGGACAGCUGGGAAAUUGUAGAAGGACUGCGGGGAGUCAUGAAUUACACACAGGAACCACAGAAACAGGAAGGCUACCUGCUGAAAAAAAGGAAAUGGCCUCUGAAAGGCUGGCACAAGAGGUGCUUUUUUCUGGACAAAGGAAUUCUGAAGUAUGCAAAGAGUCCGGCUGAUAUAGAGAGAGGGAAGGUUCAUGGUUGUAUAGACGUUGGGCUUUCAGUGAUGUCUGUGAAGAAAUCAACGAAAUGCAUAGAUUUGGAUACAGAAGAACAUAUUUAUCAUUUAAAGGCAAAAUCUCAGGAAGUCUUUGAUGAAUGGGUAGCAAAGCUGCGCCAUCAUAGAAUGUAUCGUCAAAAUGAAAUUUCCAUGUUUCCACAUGAUAUCAACAAUCAUUUCUUCCCAGCAUCACCAUCUGUUACAGACUCCGUAACUGGCCUUUUGGAAUCAACAGCCAGCAGAAAGAGAGGCAGCCUGACACAACAAAAUUCAGUACAGACUGGGAGUAGUAUAUCAUUCUCCUGUUCAGCCAAUGAGUCAAGGAUUCCACCUUGGCUACAGUCUUCUGAAGAUAUGGAAAGAUGCUCCAAAGAACUCUCCAACUGUCACAGCUAUCUCUUGGAGAUGAGUCAGCUUUUGCAAAGCAUGGAAGUUCUCCAUAGGACGUACUCAGCACCUGCUAUAAAUGCCAUGCAGGGCAUCCCUUUUGAAAGUCCUAAAAAGGAAAAAAGAUCGCAUAGAAGGUGGCGUUCCCGAGCCCUUGGUAAAGAUGCUAAAGCAAUGUUGCAGGUACCAAGUGUUCUUUCUGCUCCACUGAGACUGCAUGCUUCCAAUCCUAAUUUAUCUACAUUAGAUUUUGGUGAAGAGAAAAUUUAUUCAAAUGGUUCUGAAACAACCUCAGAAUUUUCGAAAAUGCAGGAAGACCUGUGUCACAUAGCACACAAAGUGUACUUUACCUUAAAGUCGGCUUUUAGUACAAUAUCAACUGAGAGAGAGAAGCUGAAGCAGAUGUUUGAACAUGAUGCAGUUUCAUCUCCAUCUGCUCAAAUAGUUGGACUGAAGAAUGCCUUAUCAUCUGCCAUAGCACAAAACACAGAUCUUAAAGACCGGUUACGCAGAAUUCAUGCCGAAUCUAUGCUUCUUGAUUCAGCAGCUAAUGCAAAAUCCAGCCCUGAUUUGGCAAAGGAGAAUUCAGAAGAUGAAAACCGGGGUCUGGUUCACCAGCUCUCCAACGAAAGUCGCCUGUCUAUAACAGAUUCUCUCACUGAGUUUUUUGAUGCACAGGAAGUCCUGCUGUCUGCCAGCUCUUCAGAAAAUGAGGUAUCUGAUGAUGAGUCAUAUGCCAGCGAUGUAAGUGAUAACAUCUCUGAAGACAACCUAAGUAAUGACAUAGAGAGUGAAAGGCAAACCCUUGGCAGGAAUGACUGUGUUCCUGAUGGCAGUAUCGAAAGUCAUUCCAAGCGGAGAACAUGUUUGCCAGCUCCAUGCCCCAACACAAGCAACAUCAGCCUCUGGAAUAUUUUGCGGAACAAUAUAGGGAAAGAUCUCUCCAAGGUGGCUAUGCCAGUUGAGUUGAAUGAACCUCUGAACACUCUGCAGCGACUCUGUGAAGAACUGGAGUAUAGUGAAUUGCUGGACAAGGCAGCACAUACACCAGAUAUGUUUGAAAGGAUGGUAUAUGUGGCUGCUUUUGCUGUCUCUGGCUAUGCAUCCAGUUUCUACCGAGCUGGAAGUAAGCCAUUUAAUCCUGUGCUUGGGGAAACCUAUGAAUGUGUCCAUGAAGAUAAGGGUUUCCAGUUUUUUUCUGAACAGGUCAGUCAUCAUCCACCUAUAUCUGCAUGUCAUGCUGAAUCUAAUAACUUCAUGUUUUGGCAAGAUAUCAGAUGGAAAAACAAAUUCUGGGGGAAAUCCAUGGAAAUUGUGCCAGUUGGUACAACACAUGUAAUAUUGCCAGCUUUUAGGGACCACUAUGAAUGGAAUAAAGUGACAUCUUGUAUUCAUAAUAUCUUAAGUGGACAGCGCUGGAUAGAACACUAUGGAGAGAUCAUGAUCAAGAAUCUGAAUGACAGCAGCUGCUACUGCAAACUUACUUUUGUCAAGGCAAAAUACUGGAAUCACAAUGUUCAUGAGAUCGAAGGCAAUGUUGUGGACAAAAAUGGGAAAAUAGUACAUCGCCUUUUUGGAAAAUGGCAUGAGAAUAUAUACUGUGGAACGCCAUCUGUGGCAAACUGCAUCUGGAGAGCAAAUCCAAUGCCCAAGGAUUACGAACAGUGGUAUGGCUUCACACAGUUUGCUUUAGAGUUAAAUGAAUUAGAUCCACUUAUUAGACCACUGUUGCCACCAACCGAUACUCGGUUUAGACCAGACCAAAGGCUCCUAGAAGAAGGUAAUAUUGAAGGAGCAGAAAUACAAAAACAGAGGAUUGAACAGUUACAGCGAGAGCGUCGGAAAGUUCUAGAAGAAAACAAUAUGGAACAUCAACCUAGAUUUUUUAGGAAAUCUGACGAUGACUCCUGGGUUAGCAAUGGAACCUACUUGGAACUUAGGAAAAAUCCUGGCUUUUCCAAGCUGGACAGUCCUGUUCUGUGGUGAUGAAAAGACAAAAGAGAAGGACAUUUAACUGUGGUUUUCUGAGUAUGAUGUAUAAGGAAGGAAAUGCUGCAUAUCACCUUGAUCUUCUAGACUCCUGCUUGAUUUAGAUUUUUGACGUGCACAUUUACUUCAUUACAUUUCUUCUGUAGCUAUUUUGAUAGUAACCACAAUAUGUUUGAAUGUACAAAAAUGCUAAUUUCCUUUACAUAUGCUGUUUAAUAAGUGAUUGUUGAAUGUUAUUUCUUAGAGGGGGGAGUGGAGAGAGAAGCUUUAACACUAUUUGAUUUUCCCCAAAGGAUAAUGCAAGCUCAGAUUCAAUGCCUUACCAAGUUGUGUGAUAGGCAGAAACGGUAGCCUUUAGCUGCACUGUGGAAAUUAAUUGGAUCCACUGAUCCCAGAAUAUGUUAGUAAAUUACCAAAGAUGGAUUGAGUGUAGUUAUUAAUUUAGUCUCUUGCCUAAGAUUCCAUCUUAAUACUGGAAUCUUUUUGAUUUUUUUUUUAAACAGCAAUUUAGUAACCAUAUUUUUACUCCAUUAGAUAACCUAAUAGUAUUACAUGGUAGUAGCAUUGAUGGUUCUACUGCCUUACACAAAAGGGCACAGCCAUUUGGAAACUUCUCUUAUGUCUUGUUGAAAUGAAUGGAAGUCAAACCAUUUCAUAUUUCAACAGGACUUGCACAGUGGAUGUUGAAUUUAGGCUGUGUCCCAAAAUUGUAUCAUAGUGUGUAUGAAUAAUGUUCUGUGUUGACUAAACUUUGAGGGCACAAUCCAACUGAAAUUAGUUAAGUCCUAUUUGGAAUAAUAUGGAAUGGAGACUUGGUUGCAAGCAGCUAAGUUUUUCUGGGUUCUGUCAUUCAGUUAAGUGUAACUAACGUAUCCUGAACAUAGAAGAUGGAGACCAAUGACCAAAUGAAAAGAAAUAUGGUUCUUUUUGUAGCUAAAGGAAAAUGAACUCUUAUUUGUUUCAUUCUCUUGGCUUGUUUGUAAAAAAAGAAGAUUAUGCUGGACAAUAGAAAGGCCCUCUCUUUUUAAAAUUAUUUUCAGAGAAGCUAACUUAAGGGACAGAUGUUUUCUGAAAAAGGAUUUUAGUAUUUUCUACCUCUUCUGAGCAGCAUAUUUAAUGACUUGUAUUUUUUAAAGAAGCUGACCAUCUGCCUUAGAUAAAUGUAUGGAAUAUAUGAUCUUCCUUUAACUGUUUUGUGUUCAGGUAAAUUAUUUGUCUUGCACUAAAAUGGUUGUAUUUCUUUUCUGUAUCCUUUGUAUGUUCUAAUGUCUUCAUGAACAUAUUCAGCAUGUUGAAGCAGGAAUCUGAAGCACAGUAGACCAAACAGCACUUUGAAACUGGGGUGGAAGUCUUUUGUUUAUGUGUGAAAUCACACUUUUACUGUAUUAUAUACUUAUCAGAACAGGAAGCAUAUGAUCUAUAGGAUCUAGAACACUUUUCCUAUGAGCUGUUCCUUGAGCUUACAUAUCUACUAUUGGGACAUCAAGGCAGGGGGAUUUGCUGUUUUUAUAGUGCAAAAUGCUGUUUCCUGUAAAAUGAUAAAACAUUA